GGGAGUUGCGUCACUGUGUGUCUGAGACGGAAAUGCCACAGUCUGUAAACAAUCUGCAGGCAACGAGCGUCCAUUUUUAUACAGAGCCUGGAAACAGAUAAUAGAGAUGGGGGCUGUACUCGGACUCUGCUCCAUGGCCAGCUGGAUUCCUUGCCUGUGUGGCAGUGCACCUUGCCUGCUGUGCAGUUGCUGCCCCAGUGGGAACAAGUCCACAGUGACUCGACUCAUCUAUGCAUUCUUCCUUCUCCUGGGAGUAGGGGUUGCUUGUAUUAUGUUGAUGCCAGGAAUGGAAGGGCAGUUAAAAAAGAUUCCUGGAUUUUGUGAUGGAGGCAUGGGGACAUCCAUUCCUGGAAUUCAGGGACAUGUGAACUGUGAUGUCCUGGUUGGCUACAAGGCAGUGUACCGGGUUUGCUUUGGCAUGGCCAUGUUCUUCCUGCUCUUUUCAUUGCUGAUGAUCAAGGUGAAGAGCAGUCAGGAUCCCAGAGCUUCAGUACACAACGGGUUCUGGUUCUUUAAGUUUGCAUCUGCUGUAGCCAUCACUGUUGGAUCUUUCUUCAUCCCAGAGGGGCCCUUUACCACAGUGUGGUUUUAUGUCGGUAUGGCUGGGGCUUUCUGCUUCAUCCUGAUUCAACUGGUCUUGCUGAUUGACUUUGCCCACUCUUGGAACGAGUCCUGGGUAGAAAAAAUGGAGGAAGGGAACUCUAGAUGCUGGUAUGCAGCUCUCCUUUCUGCUACAGCUCUGAAUUACAUCUUGUCCGUGGUUGCCUUGGUACUGUUUUAUGUCUAUUAUACCCACUCUGACGGCUGCACUGAGAAUAAAGCCUUUAUCAGCGUAAACAUGUUGAUCUGCAUUGGUGCCUCAGUGUUGUCUAUCCUGCCCAAGAUCCAGGAGUCCCAGCCACGGUCUGGUUUGCUGCAGUCUUCCAUUGUCACUUUAUACACCAUGUAUUUGACCUGGUCAGCCAUGACUAAUGAACCAGACAGAAAAUGCAAUCCUAGCUUGCUGAGCAUAAUUGGCUAUAACAACACUGGCACUCCAAGCCAUGGUCAAGUUGUUCAGUGGUGGGAUACUCAGGGAAUUGUUGGCCUGAUUCUGUUCUUACUGUGUGUUCUGUAUUCCAGCAUUCGCAACUCUUCCAACAGCCAGGUGAACAAACUGACACUGACCAGCGAUGAAUCCACGCUGAUAGAGGAAGGCGUCAGCAGGAGCGAUAGCUUUGACGAGGGAGAUAAUGUGAACCGUGCAGUAGAUAAUGAAAAGGAUGGGGUUACUUACAGCUACUCCUUUUUCCAUUUCAUGCUGUUCUUGGCUUCACUGUACAUCAUGAUGACACUUACUAACUGGUACAGCCCUGAUUCUACCUAUGAAACAAUGACCAGCAAAUGGCCGUCAGUGUGGGUGAAGAUUUCCUCCACAUGGAUCUGCAUUGCCCUGUAUGUUUGGACUCUUGUUGCUCCACUGGUUCUUACAAACCGUGAUUUUGACUGAAUAGGAAUAGUUUCACCGUUCUGUGCUUGAUGCGUUCUUACUCAUGACUGAAAAAUAGUUACAGUAAACAGGAUUCAAAGCUGAAACAAAUUUGUAAAUAUGCGUGCUAUCAUUGUGCUUGAUCUUACGUACUUGUUUUACUGCAUGUUUGAGAAUAGUUAUAAGUCUCACAUAUAGAGCCUAAAGAAAGGUAGUAUUAAGUUAAGACCUAUAUGUUACCAAGAAACUUGUGGAUUUAUGAGGGUUGAGGCAAGAUAUCAAUGUACUGGAAUGUAGAAUUUCUAGUUUGUUACACUGACGUUUGGCAAGUCCUGUAAGUAAUUCAAAGGGUGAGAAGGGCUGAUGAAUAAAAUAUUUAUUAGCAGUUUAUGAAGUGCUGCAGAUUUAUGAAGUAGAGUAAUAUAAAAAAAAAAAUAUGAAUUUGAAAAAAGUAGUUAUUACCUGUGUAGGAGAUUUGUUUCAAUGUACUUGUAAGGUGGGAAGUGCAUUGGCAUACUCAAAAACAAUCUAUGAAGUAUUGUGUAAUAUCUUGACCUGUAACCUCAUUAAUUAUCUACAGUAUUCUGAUUUUAUAUUUGGUUUGCUGCGAUUAAUUUUCAAUGUGUAUUUUAUGUUUCUACCAUGUCUUUUAACUUGGUACUGCAUUAUAAAUGUACAUGUAUUUUUCUUUUUCUUUUCAAUAUCACAUAACUGACUUAUUAUUGUUAUUGCCUUCAAAACAGCUCAGUAGUAUUACUGAAGGAGAAAAAAAGUGACAGCAUUUUUAUUUCUUCAGUAUAAGAAUAGAUAUGUAGGAUAUGUUCUAUCCUGCACUGUGUAUUUUAAAUUUAGUGUCAUCAAAAAGGACACCUGAAGACUUCACUGAUAUAUUAAUCGUACAUAACUGAAGAAAAGUAUGUGAAAUACAAAUCAAGAAUGGUUGUGUUUAUGAACAAGCUCCUGGCAAUUAUGUCCUGGGCACAAUUGUCAGUUUAGGGGUCAGAGUUAAAAGAAAUGGUGAAGCUACACUUUGAGAAAGAUAUGAAUUGUUGCAUCUGCUUGACAUGUAACUGUUGUAACCCUUUUGUCAUUAAAUUAAUCAAAUAAUAA